AAAUCUCCCAGUCCUCGAGGAAUCUGCAUCCAGGGGAAGAUCGCGAGCCGGGUCACCGCUCACCCCUUCUCUGGGACCCAGGGCGCUGCUGAGUCAGCGUAACCCGAGCAGCCCAGUGACCGCGAAGCCCCCGCCCCCGGCUUGCGCCCCGCCCAGAUAGAGGGCCAGCCCCUUGGCCGAGCACAAACGGAGUGCGACAGCUAGGCCAGGCGACAGCGCUGCCUACCAGAGCGCAGCAUGACGGCCAUCGGCGCGCAGGCCCACAAGCUGUUGGGCCUUAAGAGGCCCCACCGGUCUUUCUUUGAGUCCUUCAUCCGGACACUCAUCAUCGUGUGCACUGCCCUGGCUGUGGUCCUUUCUUCAGUCUCCAUCUGCGAUGGCCACUGGCUCCUAGUGGAGGAUCAUCUCUUUGGGCUAUGGUACUUCUGCACCAUCGGCAACCACAGUGAACCACACUGUCUGAGAGACCUGAGCCAGGCCCAUAUGCCCGGGCUGGCAGUAGGCAUGGGCCUAGCACGCAGUGUGGCCGCCAUGGCUGUGGUGGCUGCCAUCUUCGGCUUGGAGAUGCUCAUUGUGUCCCAGGUGUGUGAAGAUGUCCGCUCAUGGCGCAAGUGGGCCAUCGGUUCCUACCUCCUCCUGGUUGCCUUCAUCCUCUCCUCUGGGGGCCUCCUCACCUUCAUCAUCCUGCUCAAGAAUCAGAUCACCCUCCUGGGCUUCACCCUGAUGUUCUGGUGUGAAUUCACUGCCUCCUUCCUCUUCUUCCUCAAUGCCGCCAGUGGCCUUCACAUCAACAGCCUCACUCAGCCCUGGGACCCUCCAGCAGGGACCCUGGCUUACAGAAAGCGAGGUUAUGAUGGGACUUCUCUGAUAUAGGACCUCGGGCUGAGAUUGAAUGGGACAACCAAUGAACUUGACACUGCCUCUUAGGCACUUAGCUCUAGCAAUGCCCUGGGAGUCUCUUCGGCCGAGCUCCAGGGCAAAGGCAGAAGAGUGCCUCCGUACGACGGCACAGUGAGCUGGAUAGGUUAACCAUGCUAUUAAAAUCUCAAUUUGAAAGUAAGAAGAGUAUCCUAAAA